AUGAAGGAAGACGAGAAGCCUCCGGUCGAGGACGUCAAGAAGGAGUCGUCCGAGGUCAGCUCGCAGCAGGCCGCGACGGAGAAGAUGGUGGACGAGAAGAAGCCGGACGGCCAGGGGGAGGACGAGGGCGGCUACACCAGCGGCGCCCGCCUGGUCGUCAUCAUGGUCGCGGUGCUCAUGUCUCUCUUCCUCGUUGCCCUGGACCGAACUAUCAUCGCGACGGCGGUGCCUGAGAUUGCCAACCAGUUCCACGCCCUGACCGACAUCAACUGGUACGCCAGCGCCUAUCUCAUCACCAGCUGUGCCACCCAGCUCACCUGGGGCAAGGUGUACACCUUCUACUCGACCAAGUUUGUGCUGCUGAGCGCCAUCGUCAUCUUCGAGGUCGGCUCCGCCCUCUGCGGCGCUGCCCCAAACUCAACCGCCUUCAUCGUCGGCCGUGCCAUUGCCGGCACAGGCUCGGCAGGCAUCUUCUCGGGUACCACUGUCGUCAUUGCGCAGGUCGUGCCCCUGAGGAAGCGUCCCGUCUAUGUCGGCAUGAUGGGCUCCAUCUUCGGCAUCGCCUCUAUCAUCGGGCCUCUCAUGGGCGGUGCUUUUACUGACAGAGUCACCUGGAGAUGGUGCUUCUACAUCAAUCUCCCCAUUGGAGGUGUUACCAUGGCUGUGCUCCUCUUCCUCCUGAAUGUUCGCUCCAAAAAGGAGUCGACCCCCUGGAAGGCCCAGAUCAACCGCCUCGACCCCAUCGGCAGCAUCCUCUUCCUCCCCUCGGCCACCUGCUUCUUGCUCGCCCUCCAGCUCGGCGGCACCUCGUACCCCUGGAACAACGGCCGCAUCAUCGCCCUCUUCGUCGUCUCCGGAGUGCUCAUGAUCGCCUUCGUGGCCGUCCAGAUCUGGAGACAGGAGGACGCAACUGUGCCACCUCGUAUCUUCAGCCAGCGCAGCAUCGCCAGCGGAACUGCCUUCUCUGCCUUUGUCGGUGGAGUCCUCAUCUCCAUGCUUUACGCCCUGCCCAUCUGGUUCCAGGCCGUCAAGGGCACCACCGCAGUCCAGUCCGGCAUUGAUACCAUCCCCAUGGUCCUCUCUCUCGUCGUCGGAUCCAUCCUCUCAGGCAGCAUCAUCACCGCUACAGGACACUAUGUUCCAUGGAUGUACGUCUCGACCGUUCUCAUGUCAAUUGGCGCUGGCUUGACAACCACGUUCAAGCCUGAUACCAACCACUCUGCCUGGAUCGGAUAUCAAGUGCUGUUCGGCUUCGGUAUUGGAACCGGUUUGCAGCAAGCUAGUUUGGCGGCCCAGACGGUGCUCAACAUGAAAGACCUCUCGACCGGAGUCUCUCUCAUGUUUUUUGCCCAGUCCCUCGGCGGUGCCCUUUUCGUUGCCAUCAGUCAGUCCCUGUUCUCCAACGCCCUCGCCUCCAAUCUGGCUAAGGUGCCAGGUCUGGAUGUGAAAGCAGUGCUGGCCAGCGGUGCAAAGGAUCUCUCCAAGGUAGUCCCCCUUGACAAGCUGCCGCUGGUUCUUCCCCUUUACAACGACAGCUUGAGGAGAUCCUUCAUCGUCUCCCUGGCAGUCUCCUGUCUCAUGAUUCUUCCCACUAUUGGAAUGGAGUAUCGUGUCAUCAAGAAGAAAGAAAAAACUCCAGCCCCAGAGGCAACUGAG